CGGGGGUGUUGGGGUUGGGGAAGAGGCGGCUCUGCAGAAAACGCUGCCUCGGACGCGGCAGUAGCCUGGCAGUGACAAGCUGUGUUGAAGAUAUGGGGAGCCAGCACCAAGAACGGGGUGACCAGUGGCCAUGACGACGGAGACGGGCCCCGGCUCGGAGGUGAAGAACGCGCAGGAGGAGGCGCAACAGCUGGAGGUGGCCGCGCACGGCCCCACCGCCGCAGCUGCCAACCCCGCCGGCCGCGACACUGAGGCCAAUGAGAAGCCUGGGGCACAGGCUGAUGCCCGAAAUAUGGAUCCGGGCACAGAGAUGGAGGAGAAGGACUACAGCGAGACAGAUGGGCUCUCUGACAAAACAACCCCCAGCAAGACCCAGAAGUCACCCCAGAAAACCACCAAGAAAGUGAAGAGUGCUCUCUGCAGAGUGACCCUGCUUGAUGGCUCCGAGUACGAAUGUGAGGUGGAGAAGCAUGCCCGAGGCCAGGUCCUCUUCGACAUGGUGUGUGAGCACCUCAACCUCCUGGAGAAGGACUACUUUGGCCUCACCUUCUGCGACUCGGACAGCCAGAAGAACUGGCUGGACCCCUCCAAGGAGAUCAAGAAGCAGAUCCGCAGUGGGCCCUGGAACUUUGCCUUCACGGUAAAGUUUUAUCCUCCAGACCCUGCCCAGCUCACAGAGGACAUCACAAGAUACUACCUGUGCCUGCAGCUCCGUGCGGACAUCAUCACAGGGCGCCUGCCCUGCUCCUUCGUCACGCACGCCCUGCUGGGCUCCUAUGCAGUGCAGGCUGAGCUGGGUGACUACGAUACCGAGGAGCAUGUGGGCAACUACGUCAGCGAGCUCCGCUUUGCCCCCAAUCAGACACGAGAGCUGGAGGAGCGUAUCAUGGAGUUGCACAAGACCUACCGGGGGAUGACCCCUGGGGAAGCAGAGAUCCACUUCCUGGAGAACGCCAAGAAGCUCUCCAUGUACGGGGUGGACCUGCACCACGCCAAGGACUCAGAGGGCAUUGACAUCAUGCUGGGUGUCUGCGCCAAUGGUCUCCUCAUCUACAGGGACCGGCUGAGGAUCAACCGCUUCGCCUGGCCCAAAAUCCUCAAAAUUUCUUACAAGAGGAGCAACUUCUACAUCAAGAUCCGCCCGGGUGAGUAUGAACAGUUUGAGAGCACCAUUGGCUUCAAGCUGCCCAACCACCGCUCUGCCAAGCGUCUCUGGAAGGUCUGCAUAGAGCAUCACACCUUCUUCAGGCUGGUGUCCCCAGAGCCACCCCCCAAGGGCUUCCUGGUGAUGGGCUCCAAGUUUCGCUACAGCGGGCGGACGCAGGCGCAGACACGACAGGCCAGUGCCCUCAUUGACCGCCCGGCUCCCUUCUUCGAGCGCUCCUCCAGCAAACGGUACACCAUGUCUCGCAGCCUUGACGGAGGUAUGCCCCAAAUUGGGGAGGGGGUGGGAGAUUGGUUCGCUGGCGGGAGCAAGGGGGGAUGCUGUUUGGCUCGUCUCUGUGAGCUCUUUGGCUCGUUUGGCAGGGUUACAGCAGCCAUUAGGCUUCCUUCUGGAGGCUGACCCCAGCGGCAUCCCUGUGGC